AUGGCGGCUGUCGCCUUCGAGACGGAGCAGCGCAUCGUGAGCAUCGUUCUCGGUCAACAGCAUGGCGGCUGCCCCUGGAUCUCCCUGGUGGCUGCCAGCGGUGACGAGCUCCGGUCUGAUCUGGUUAGUUGGAUUGCCAACAGCACGAUGGGAAAGACCAUCACCUUGUGGAAUACUCCUGAGGCGGUCUCAUCUCAUGUUCCAGAAUAUGAAACUAUGGCAGAAGUCCAGGUCACAAACAGAUUCCUGAACAUAGGUCGACACAUCGACUCUACAACGCUGAGAAGCAUUUUUAGGCUCAAUUUCAAACCGUCAUAUGAACUACCUCAGCUGAGCGACCGGGCUCGAUCAAUCCCCGGGCCCGGAAGCCUGCUUGAUCUCCCCGCCUCCGAGCGACAUCCUCCCCACUAUCUGCGGCGGAGGCACGGUCAAGAGGCAUGGCGCAUGGCGCGCGUAACAAUGGAUGCUGCCGGAGCGCGCAAGCUCCAGUCCCUUGGAGGCGCGAGCCUUAGUACGCACGCUAAUCAUCAGAAGGCGGCCGACGAGGCGAGAGAGAAGUCGCAGCGCAGAGAGGACGAGGAUGACGGCAUGGUUGAGGGCCCCAGCAACGACGGCCCCGGUAUCGAGAAUACAAGGACAGUUCAAAGUCUCGUCUGCCAACUUUUGAUCAUCUACAAGCUGUUCCCGUCGUCUUCACUGCGGGAGCAGUUCACUCCAACCAAGUCGGAUGCCGAGCUUGCGAAAGUGAUACAAGCAGACCAGCCUUCCUUGAUUUUAUCGAUAUCCAUCCCCGAGCUCUUGUAUCGAUGCUGA